AUGCUCGCUCCAGCGAGAAGCAGACAUCUGAGUGGCUCUGCAUCUCCGGAAAGGGACUCGCAGAAGCAGUCGGACGUGUCGUCUUCGGCGUCUUCGUCGCUCGGUCAGACUGGAUCUGUUCUCUCUGCUCAUAGUCUUGAGUUUACUCCGGUGCUUUCCCGACAGCAGCAGCAGCAGCAGCAGCAACCGCAGUCACAGCAGCAGCUACAGCCACAGUCACAGCAGCAGCAGACUUACGUUACUCUGACAGAGCCGAUCAACUACCGGCAUCUUCUAGAACGGGCGGUGAACUGCGACUGGAGUUAUAUCGUGAGCAAAAUCGUCCACAACAACGAUCAGCAAGCGUCGAUUUUUCUGCAGCAGAAACUCAAGGUCGGCACGCCGGAUCAGAAGUAUGAGAUCAUUGAGGCGAUCGUCGAGCAGGCGUACCCGCUGAUGGUGAACCGGUUCGGCAACUUCCUCGUGCAGCGCUGCUUCGAGCACGGCACCCCAGAGCAGAUCGAGGGCAUAGCCGGCGCAGUACGCGGGAACGUGCUCACGCUCGCCAUGGACGCGUUCGGAUGCCACGUUGUGCAGAAGGCGCUUGACUGCGUCGAGGAGAAGGUGAAGGCCGAGAUGGUGAUGGAGCUGCUGAGCCGGGUCGCUGAUACGGUCGUGCAUCGCUACGCCUGUCACGUGUGGCAGAAGCUGUUUGAGCUGCGCUGGGAAGGCACGCCGCCGGUGAUUAUGAAGUACGUCAACCAGGAGCUCCGCGGGAUGUGGACCCAGGUCGCGCUGGGCGAGACCGGAUCGCUGGUCGUUCAGAACAUAUUCGAGAACUGCGUCGAGGAAGAUAAGCGUCCCUGCAUAGAGGAGGUGCUCGAGAACAUCGACAUCAUCGCCCGCGGCCAAUGGGGCAACUGGGUGAUCCAGCACAUGAUUGAGCAGGGCUCGAAAGCAGACUCCGAGCGUGCUCUGGAUGCUGUUAUCAAUAACGCUGUUGCGUACUCGAUGGACCAGUAUGCGUCCAAGGUGAUUGAGAAGAUGCUCAAGCACUGCUCGUCAGAAGUGGUCGAUCGCUAUCUGACGAAGAUUUGCGAGGGACGCCCGGAGCGACCUAGAAUACCGCUGAUUGAUAUUGCCUCCGACGCCCACGGAAACUACCUCAUCCAGUACAUCCUCCACAAUGCCACAAAGCCCCAACAAGAUCUUGUGGCCGCUCAGAUCAAGAAGCAUAUGGUUUCGCUCCGCGGUUCGAAAUGGGGAUCCAAAUGCGCCUGGAUCGUCGAGCGCUAUCGCAGCCAGCAAGCACAGGGCCACCCCCAUUACAGCAACAGCAAUAGCACCGGUGGUGGCUCGGGUAUGUCGCAGCAGCAAUCUGGCGGAUCUUCUGUGAACUCGUAUUCUGGACCGAGCUCGUCGAUGUCGAUGUCUGGAAACAACUCUGUGUCGGGCAAUGGUGGCCACUACCGCCAUCGUUGA